AUGUCGAGUGUCCCUAAAGGCUUCCCCAUCACGGGCCCUCUAAAUAGGGAGGACCUUUGGCGGUUUCCGGCCUUUCAAGUCUGGCUGUCCACCUUACAGCGCUCGUUAGAGCGACAGCGUCAGUACUCGCACGAGUUUUAUAAGGAUCCCUACGUAUUACGCAAAAUCGUCGUCCAAGCCGUCGAUUACUUCAAAGGUGGACGUCUGGGAUUCGUGAAGCUAAAGGCAGAGGUGUCUAAUGCAAGCGGGGAAUCUCUUCCGGGGAGCGUCUUUCUGCGGGGUGGUAGUGUCGGAAUGCUGCUCGUACUGCAACCCGACGAUGUACCCCCAUCGGCGGAGGAAGAAAAAAGAGCCAUUCUGACCAUCCAACCUCGGAUUCCCGCCGGUUCCCUUGCCUUUUCCGAAAUUCCGGCGGGGAUGCUCGACGACAGUGGUUCUUUUGUCGGAGGUGCAGCGAAGGAAAUCCAGGAAGAGACGGGUCUGAUAAUUUCCCAUCAUGAGCUCGUAGACAUGACGUCGCUGGCAGCCCAGUCGAUCGCCCGGUCGGCAGAUAGUGAAAUAUUGCAGGAGGCUGUGUAUCCCUCACCCGGCGGCUGUGACGAGUUCAUUCCCUUGUUUUUGUGUCAGAAGCGGAUGCCGCGCAGAGAAAUCGACGCAAUGCAAGGACGGCUGACAGGUCUACGGGAGAAGGGGGGAGAAGAUCACGUUGAAGGUAGUGUCGAUGAAGGAGCUCUGGAAGGAAGGAUUGCGGGAUGGAAAGUCCCUUGCCGCCUGGGCACUGUAUAG